ACGAUAACGUCGCGAUCUUAUCCUCCGAUAUUCCGAGUUCGUAAACGCUCUCGUCGUAUAUACUCCAAUCCCGAAAAUAUGUAAUGUGUGCAUUAUGUGCGAGUAAAGUGUAAGAAAACCAAUUAAUUUUCUUACUUCUCACUUCACUAUAAUGUCGUCGUUUUCAGCGUAAUAAAACCUUAAUAAUUUGUGACUACAUUAACACAAACAAAUCAGAGUACAAAAAAUUUCUUACAUUGGUUAUGACGCGAGUUAAUGGGUGUUUAGCUAUCUUACGAAAAACCAGAAUAACUUAUAUGUGAGUGAUUUAAAUAUCAAUGAAGAGAAAAGACUUCCAAAGAGAAAAAUGUUAAAACGAUGACUGAAGUGACUGCUACCCAUGCCUACACUUUCGUGAACACUGAAGUGGUAAAUAUAACACUGUACGGGCUGAACGAGACGAGUAGACCACCCUUGGUUCCGAGACCUCGCUCCUCUGGAGGCGGUGGGAUCAGUGAGGCCAUCGUACCCAUGUAUGUCGUCAUCUUCCUGCUAGCUGUCGUCGGUAAUGCCCUCGUCGUGGUAACCCUGGUGCAGAACAAGAGAAUGAGAACUGUUACAAACGUCUAUCUACUAAACUUGGCAGUGUCAGACUUAUUACUGGGAGUCUUCUGCAUGCCUUUUACACUUGUCGGCCAAGUCCUCAGAAACUUCGUCUUCGGUGGCACUAUGUGUAAACUAAUUCCCUACUUUCAAGCAGUGUCAGUCUCGGUGGGAGUGUGGACAUUGGUAGCUAUAUCCCUGGAGCGCUACUUUGCCAUCUGCCGGCCGCUCAAGUCACGUCGUUGGCAGACGCAAUUCCACGCGUACAAAAUGAUUGCCGUCGUUUGGGCUUCCAGCCUUGCUUGGAACGUUCCAAUUCUACUGGUAUCCAGGCUACAAGCAAUGCGCACCGGGCGUCACAAAUGCAGAGAGGAUUGGCCGACUCUCACCAGCGAGCGGGUCUUCAACAUCUUCCUGGACAUGAUCCUGCUUCUCAUCCCUUUGGUCAUUAUGAGCUUGGCCUACUCGCUCAUUGUCUCCAAGCUCUGGAAAGGGCUACAGAGGGAAAUCAAGCACAGCUCUUCCUGUCGUAGAAGAUUGGAAAACGCGACCAACACUGUGGCAGUUAACGAGACUGUGCUGACGAACGACAGCGCUUCAGGUCUUCGUCAGCACCGACUGCUGCCACCCCCUCGCCCGACCACCCAGUAUCACGUGACCACUGCCGCAACCUUCAAGUGCGAGCCAACCACAGUCAAGCUGUGGAUAUUUAAGAUGAGAAUGCCGACCCUGCGCCAGAAGCCACCACGCUCGCCGGUGGCGCCCCUGGUGUCUAGCGCCGUCACUACACCCAUGGCAGAGGCCAACAGCAACAGUGGAGAUAACGAGACCACCUACACCUUCAGCAGACAUGCCAUCCGCUCCAACUACAUGGACAAGAGCAUUGAGGCUAAGAAAAAGGUGAUACGGAUGCUGUUCGUGGUUGUGGCCGAGUUCUUUGUGUGCUGGGCGCCCCUGCACGUGCUCAAUACCUGGUACCUGUUCUACCCCGACAUCGUGUACAAGUACGUGGGCAGCACGGGUGUGUCUCUAGUACAACUUCUUGCCUACGUCAGCUCUUGCUGCAACCCUAUCACCUACUGCUUCAUGAACCGCAAGUUCAGACAAGCGUUCCUUGGCAUCUUUAGCUGGUAUAAAUGGAGAAGUGGCUGCUGCGGGACAGACCCCCAACUGAAGGUGAACGGCUGUGCGCUCGGCAGACUUGACGAGGGUUGCGGUACAGUUGGCCCCAACAACUCAGAAGUGUCCGGCAACGACUCCACAGUGUACGGAGGGGCCGGAUGUAGAUCUGAAGUAGUUGUCCUGGAGGGGGAGGAGCGUGUUUAGCAGCGGCUGCUACGACCCUGUUGACAACGAUUCCUUCUUGUACCGAGUCACCUGGAGGGAUCGUCGCCCUGCAGAUUCGGCAAAAGUCUUCUCGUGAAAGAGUUUGACUGUUACUGAUUGGCAGUAUUAACGCUUCUUAAGAUAAUAUACAUUUUGUGACAUGAAGAAUUCUGUGAACAUCAGUAAGUAAAUGGUGUUAUAAACCACAACAUAUGUGUGAAUAGUGCGACAAAAAUUUUAAGAAGUUGACAUUAAAAAUAUUCUACGCAGAAUGCGGAAAUGGUUGUAUUCAGUAGAGGAACAGGAAGACUGUUGUCAGUGGAUAUUUUAGGUACAGCUGAAGCCAUUGUAAACUGUUGAGUCAUUUGCUCCAUCAACUCUUUCAAUUGUAUUUAUUUUCUAACUUUCUCUAUUAUAAUUAAUUGUGUUAGGCUCGAUGUCUUCAUUCCUCUGUUCUGGAAAUCAAUAGUUAAAUAAUUAGAUAAAAUACUAUAGGAUCAUGUAUAAAGACAGAAGCAAUUAAAUGAGACUCAUUUAAAACGUUAUAUUAAAAAAUACAAGCAUAUUCUAUUCUAAUACUGUCGGAGUAGGCUGGUCUCCCCCUAACGUUACUUGCUGCAAGCAUGAGGUAGUAUUGGGGAUGGAGACAGGAGGAUAUCUAGCCCACUUUCCUCGUCGGUGAUAUUACUCAGAUCUUGUCCUGGUCAGAUUUCCUUCAUGUCGAUGUGAUACGGCAUCUCAAGAGGAGGCGGCCUCAACUUCCAUCCGCACCCAUCCUGAAUAUCCUGACAUCCCAAUAGCAGUGUAAAGAACCUUUUAGUAGUAAAUUCUAUGAGAUAUUACCUCAGCACCUUGUCCUACGUGAACGGAGCAGAAAUUUUUUAGUAUUUUCAAUACCAAAAUACUUAAUCAGUGAAUUGAUAUCGGAAAAUUGUUACAAGUUCAUGUAGGGUAGUCUUUAUCAAGAUCAUAUCAUUUCAUUUUUUUUUGAUACUGUGUUCAAUAAUGUACACAUUUUACUAUCAAAUGUGACCUCGAUGUGACCUACCAUAGUGUAAGGUAUUGUACCUCAGUUAUUGUAAUUAAAGACACUGCUUUGUGUAUUGUAUUCUAGAACUUAAUUAAUGAUCUCAGUCACAAAAAUAUGGAAUAAUAAAAAGAUAAAUACAACGAAACUUGAUUAUGAGAUCUCUUGUAGUGUAAUAUAUUUUUAAAAUAUUAGCAAUAAAAACAUGUUCUGGUAUCGGGAUGCCACCUAUUAGUUGUGUAAAUGAGUUUAUUGUUGUUUUUAUUAUAUAAAUACUUAAAAUUCAACUUUAUAUAUUUAUGUAUUUCAGUGUAUUUUUUAUAAACGAAAGAUGUGUGAAUUUUCCUUCUUAUAAGGUCUACUUCAUUAGAUUAAAUAAUAUAAACGUAUUUUUGUAAUAAUUCCUAGUUUAGUAAGAUCUUUUGAUAUGUUCUUUGGUGCUCUUUUUUGUUGCUGUUCACCUCAAUGUAAAUUUUUGUAAAUGUCUGAAUUUUAUGAAUAUACUUUAAAUGU